CUUAGUUGUCAACGUGUUGUCAAGUGUCAUUCGAUCAUAAAACUUUUACCAAAACACGAAAAUACUUUUAAAUUAAAUUCGCAUAAAUAUGGAUUUCUUUACCUCCAUUCCAACUCACAUUGACUACGUCGGACAAGCAAAAGCCGAGAAAUUGUACAAAGCAAUUAUUACAUUAUUUAGCAUCGUAGGGUUCAUUUGGGGCUACAUCGUGCAGCAGUUUUCCCAGUCUGUUUACAUUUUGGGAGCUGGAUUUAUACUGGCUGCUAUCUUAACCUUACCACCGUGGCCGAUGUAUCGGAGAAAUCCACUUAACUGGCAAAAUCCAAAAAAUUCAGAAGAGAAGUCAUCAGGCAAAAAGAAGAAAUAAAUAAUACUUUUAUGACGUGGCGGUAUCUCCUAAGCCUAGUAAUGGUGUUCAAAAUAAAAAGAUUUUAAGGUAAAA